GCCAGAGGAGGCGGACUUUGAACAUCUGAGCUGGAACGAGGAAGCGGCAUCUCCGAGGCAAAACGCCGGCCGGCAAUAUAUAAAUUUUAUCUAAAAAUAAAACGAGCGCUGAUGUUAAAGAAGAGAAGGACCUGCGGACAUCCCGAGCGCUCUAAGGUGGAAUGAAGGCAGGUUCCAACACGUCUCCAUAUUUGUUACUGUGUGUUGUCCCUGUCGCGUCGGCGGAACCCGGGCUGGGAGCAGAGCACAGACGGCUGUCAUGUACCUGAGCAGUGCGGAGCUGUGGAGGACAUGCUGGGAGGGGGUCUCCAGGCCGUACACGCUGUUCCUCUGCUCCGUCACUGCCGCCCUCUACUAUCUGUGGGGCCGCAAGUGUCAGCCACCAGCUCUGAUCUGCAGCCAGCCCUUCAGUGCAUUCCUCCGCAAACACUGUCCUGUGGUCUCGGAGAGCUUCAGCCCCACUCCAUGGUGCUGGGAGGGCCGGCUUCAAACCCUCAUCUGUGUUCUCCUGAAAACCAAACCGCCUGUGUCCUAUCGCAAUGAGUUGAUCCGUACGCUCGAUGGAGGUCAGAUCUCUCUGGACUGGGUGGACAAUCAGUCCAGCACCACCUACCCAGAAUCCUCCACUCGUCCUACGGUUCUCAUCCUCCCGGGCCUGACGGGAAACAGCCAGGUGUCCUAUGUCCGACAUGCCGUCACUCAGGCCACACGCCACGGCUACAGGUGUGUGGUGUUCAACAACAGAGGAGUUUCAGGGGAGAAGUUGUUGACUCCAGUCACCUACUGCGCUGCGAACACCUCCGAUCUGGAGCGUGUGGUCCAGCACGUGAAGGGCCUCUACCCUCAGGCUCCUCUGCUCGGCGCUGGUGUGUCUUUAGGAGGCAUGAUCUUGUUGAACUACCUGGCCCGGAAGCGGGGGGAUUCGGGGAUGGUGGCAGGAAUCACCAUCUCCGUGGCCUGGGAUGCGAUCGUUUCCUCAAACUCGUUGGAAAAGCCUCUCAACUGGCUGCUCUUCAACAUAUACCUCACAUACGGCCUGUGCCGCACCGUCUCCAGGCACAGGAAGGUUUUAGAGAAGGUGGUGGACGUCGACCACGUCCUGAAGGCGAGAACGAUCCGGGAGUUUGAUGAGCGCCUCACUUCGGUGGUGUUCGGUUACAAGACUUGUGUGGAUUAUUACCUCGAUGCCAGUCCAGGAAAGAAACUGCCCCAGACUGCUGUACCCAUCCUGUGUCUCAACGCAGCCGACGAUCCAUUUUCCCCUGAGAACGCUUUUCCCGUCUCGGUCGUCCAGUCCCUGCCGAACGUGGCGCUGCUCGUGACGGCUCACGGCGGACACAUCGCCUUCCUUCAGGGAUUGUUUCCACGAGGGGAAAAUUUAAUGGAGCGCCUGUUUGGCCAGUUUUUUCAUGCAGCGUUUGAGCACCCCAGAGACCUCAAGAAAGCAUGUAACAUCAAAGAGGAAUAGGAAAAAAAUCUGAAAAAAACUUCAAUAGAUAAGUUCUUAACCCCUAAGGGACAGCUGUAAGUAAAUACAAAAAUAAGAUUAUACAACAAACGGUAAAUUGCAAAUUUUUAACAUCAUAAAACACAUAGUUGAGAGAGCUGACAUUUUGCUAAAAAUGUGAAAUUUAUUGUGAUUCCAGGUGAAAAUUGUUGCUAAUUUGUUUAUUUUUUGUCAUAGUUUGUAUAUUUUUUUUCUUAAAUUUCAGAGCCAUUGCAGUGAAGUAUUUAAAUGUAAAUUAAUGAAGGCACAGUCAGUUUGAAGGACUUUGUUAAUAACCUCCAUUUCUUCUCGUGAACAGCCCUUUGGGUGAAAAUGAUUGGAGCAUGAAGUCUGUUGAUGUCAGCAACACUUGUAGUAACACCCCCCAGACACCAG